AUGGCGAGCCCUCGUUAUUUCCUCUUUGGGCCUCAAUUAUCCUCCAUCGACCAUGCCUCGCUCGCUCAGACAAGAGAAGUCCUCACCAAAGAGUCACGUCUUUGGUGGCUUCUCGAGACGAUCCAUGAUCUCCCCGGACAAUGGCAUACUCUCUGUGCCAGUUUUUCGCUGCUCCACGCGGCGUCCACAGCAAAUCGGCUCAAGCAACUGUCUCUCUUCUUCAAUACCGGGGCCGUAGAUUCCUCCCUUGACCAGCUCCCGAACGCCAUUCUUACGCCCAUGGUCGUUUUGUCUCAAAUGCUGCAGUACGAACAGUAUGUCGUUCACUGUCAGCCUCCUGGAGAGGUUGAUCCCGUGGCUUCUAUGGGUCGAGAGAGUGUGGAAGCAGUAGGCUUUUGCACUGGGCUCUUGAGUGCUUUUGCUGUGGCCAGCGCUAGAAGCCAGGCUGGGCUCCGGCAGUACGGCGCCGCCGCCAUCCGCAUUGCCAUGCUAAUCGGUGCUCUCGUUGAUGAGCGAGAGAUUCCGUUGGGGGACGAGGCGCACCGGGGGCCCUCACAAUGUCUCUCUGUCAUGUGGAACAGCACUCAGUCAGGACACAAGGUGCAAGACAUGCUCAAAGAGUUUCAAAACGAUGCAUUCCUUUCGGUCAAGUAUGAUGAAAACAGAGCCACCAUCACCGUCACGGAGGAGUGCUGCGCCUUGCUUGAAAGGAAUCUGAAAGACGCGAGCGUCUCGACCAAGCGCAUCGGGCUAAAAGGCCGAUUUCACUGUCCGGCGUAUAGAACCGAUCUCGACAGCGCCAUGUCUUUCUGUGACUCUCAUCUCGACUUUCAGCUCCCCUAUGCAUCACACGCAGUUUUGAAGACCCGUUCAAAUCUGGACGGCGAGCUCAUUACUGAGAGCAGGCUGCACGAUGUCGCUCUCAGGUCCAUUUUGACCGAAACCUGCGACUGGCAUCUCACCUUCAGCAAGAUUUUGGAGACCCACGACAAGUCAUCGGCGCCUCUGUCUAUUGCUACGUUUGGUCCUGAAAGAUUCGUCCCUCCGUCCUUCUCCAGCCGAGUAUCACAGACGGUAACCCAUAUCGCUGACUUGAAGCUGGGAUCACCUCCCACCUCCUCCUACUCUUCCGUCAAGCAACCGCAAACAACAGCCCAGGCUCAGGGCAAUGGCUACGUUGCUGUAGUGGGAAUGGCUUGCAAGGUUGCUGGGGCAGACGAUGUCGACGAGCUCUGGGACCUGCUUUGCAGCGCAGAAUCACAACAUGUUGAAAUAACGCCGGACCGCAUCGACUUCCAGACAGCGUGGCGGGACGGCAACCCAGGGCGCAAGUGGUUCGGCAAUUUCAUUCGCGACGCGGACGCCUUCGACCACAAGUUUUUCAAAAAGAGCCCCCGUGAAGCAGCAUCCCAGGACCCCCAGCAGAGACUGAUGCUCCAGGUGGCCUAUCAGGCUGUUGAGCAGUCUGGCUACUUUGGCAAGCCGCUCUCCCAGCGGGAGAAGAAUGUUGGCUGCUAUCUGGGCGUCGUUUCUACCGAUUAUGAGAACAACAUCGCUUGCCACGCUGCGAACGCCUUCUCCGCCACGGGCAACCUACGAAGCUUUAUCGCCGGCAAGGUCAGUCAUUAUUUUGGCUGGGAGGCAGCUAGUAUGACGCUCGAUACGGCUUGUUCGGCGUCCGCUGUCUCCAUCAACCUCGCUUGCAACGCAAUCCUUGCUGGCGAUUGCGUAGCCGCUUUGGCCGGUGGCACCAACAUCAUUACAAAUCCCUUGUGGUUUCAGAACCUUGCCGGUGCCUCGUUUCUGAGCCCUACCGGCUCGUGUAAGCCGUUCGACGAGAAGGCUGACGGAUAUUGCCGAGGCGAGGGGGUUGCGGCGGUCUUUCUUAAGAGCUUACCACAAGCUAUCAUCGAUGGUGACCAGAUCCUAGGCUGUAUUGCCGCCACAGCCGUUACCCAAAACCAAAAUUGCACGCCUAUUUUCGUCCCCAACUCAACGUCGUUGUCUUCGCUCUUUGAUAUUGUUACUCGUCGUGCCGGCCUUAAAUCCUCACAGAUUACCGUUGUUGAAGCUCAUGGUACCGGGACGCCGGUAGGAGACCCGGCUGAGUAUGCCUCUGUUCUGGAUGUCCUUGGCGGUUCGGCAAUCCGCAGCAGCCCGCUGUUCCUGGGUUCCAUCAAGGGGCUCAUCGGACACACUGAGUCCGUGUCUGGCGUCAUAUCUCUUAUCAAAAUAAUCCUCAUGAUAAACCGCGGUCGCAUCCCUCCGCAGCCGAGCUUUCAAACCAUGAGUCACCACAUCAAGGUGUCGUCGUCAGAUAUGAUACAGGUUCCAACAAAGCUCCUUGCCUGGAACGAAGACUUCCGUGCAGCUCUCAUUAACAACUACGGUGCUUCGGGUUCCAAUGCUGCCAUGGUCGUCACUCAGCGUCCAAGCCAGGCUGGCAGUGGCAGUUCUGGCGCGGUGCGGGAGCCCGUGCCUGACGUCCAGCUUUUCUGCUUCCAUGGCAACGACGACCGCAGCAUUCGUGCACUUUGCGCGCGACUAGCGGCAUUCCUCGAGCCCAAGCCUCAUGCUGGCUGGACGCGGCCUUCUCUGGCGGACAUUGCCUUCGCCUCUUCACGCCAGGCCAACCCGUGUCUGGCUCGCCGUAUGGUUCUGGCUUGUAAAUCUGUCGAUGAGCUCCAGGCUACUGUUUCCAGCCUUGCCAAGACCGACUCUGUUCUUCCGGCGAUUGCAAAGCGGCAAGAAAGACCCGUCGUCCUGUGCUUCGGCGGCCAGGUCUCCGACUUUGUGGGCCUGGAUCGCAGACUGCACGAUUCGGUCACCGCCUUGCGAUUCUACCUCGACCAGUGUGAUUCAGCGAUCACGUCUCUAGGCUUAGACAGCAUCUACCCCGAUAUCUUCCAGCGGGACACCAUCGGUGACACGGUCAAGCUCCAAACAAUGCUUUUUGCUACGCAGUACUCGUGCGCGAAGGUCUGGAUGGAUAGCGGAGUCGAAGUGGCGGCUGUUGUAGGACAUAGCUUCGGCGAGCUGACCGCUCUUUGUGUGUCUGGUGUUCUUUCUCUGCAAGAUGCCGUCAAGCUCGUGGCAGGUCGCUCCAGAAUUGUUCGAGAUCUCUGGGGCAGUGACCGCGGCGCCAUGCUCGCUAUCGAAGCCGACUUGCCGGUUGUCGAACGGCUGCUGGCCAAGGUGAACGCUGGAUCCGACGAGGCAGAUGCCGCAAAUAUUGCUUGCUACAACGGACCGCGAAGCUUCACCCUGGCAGGAUCUACCGCGGCUGUUGACCGGAUUGUCAACACCAUGUCUGAGGAUUGUUCCUUCUCCGGCCUCCGUACCAAGCGCUUGAGUGUCACCAAUGCCUUCCACUCCAAUCUCGUGCAGCCGUUGUGGAGAGAUCUAGAGCUCGUUGGCCAGGGCCUGUCCUUCAACGCCCCCAACAUCUUCCUCGAGAGGUCCACCAAAGAGGCAUGGCGGGGCCCAAUGACCGCCUCGAUCGUGCCAGAGCAUAUGAGCAAUCCAGUCUUCUUCGACCACGCUGUGCAGCGCCUAGCUGAAAAAUUCCCGUCGUGCGUGUUCCUCGAGGCCGGCACCAGCUCCACCAUCACCUCAAUGAUCAGCAGGGCGCUCGGCUCGCCCGCCAGCUCUCACUUUCAAGCCGUCAACAUCAACAGCGACAAUGCUUGGCAAAAUCUCGUUGACACCACUUCGACGCUGUGGAAGGAAGGCCUGCCGGUCAGGUUCUGGGGUCACCACUCGGCUCAGGCGCAGGACUACCAGCCCGUUUUCCUGCCUCCGUACCAAUUCGAAAAAUCACGUCACUGGGUUCAACUAAAAUCCCCGCCAAAGACUCUCCCUGCCCCGUUAGAUCAUGUCCAGACUCCAACACCGCCAAAGGGACUAUUUUCCUUCCAGGAGUACCGAGACAAUAAUCAGCGUCUGGCUACAUUCAUCAUCAACACCGAUGGGCAGGAAUACCAAAACUUAGUGGCGGGCCAUACCAUUGCUAGAACGGCCCCCAUCUGUCCAGCAACCCUAGAAGUCGACAUGACGGUCGAGGCCAUAAGUAGUUUGAGACCAGGCCUUCUAGAAUCGGGCUUCCUCCCUCGAAUCCAAAAUGUCAGCAACAAGGCGCCAAUUUGUGUGGACCCCUCCAAGACCAUCCGCCUGCACGUAGAAGCCACAGACAAGGAAUACUUUGACUGGGAGUUCAGCAUCACCGCUUUCGACAGGAAUACAUCUGCAAAACCUACUGUGUGCGUGACGGGACGAGUGGUGUGGAAAGCCAGGUCCGACCGCGACUUCCAGGCCCAAUUUGCUCGCCUGGAGCGUCUCGUAUCUCACGAGCGAUGCAAGCGUCUGCUCGAGUCCGACCAGGUGGACGAUGGCAUCCAGGGUCGUGCGAUAUACUCCGCGUUCGCCGACGUGGUCGACUACGGGUCGGAAUAUCGUGGAUUAACAAGGCUGGCCGGGCACCAGAAAGAGUCUGCGGGCCGCGUGGUAAAGCGCCAUGGUGGCAAGACCUGGCUCGAUACCCACCUCUCUGACUGCUUCAGCCAAGUCGGCGGCAUCUGGGCCAAUUGCAUGACGGACACUGACGCAUCAGAGAUGUACAUUGCCAACGGGUUCGAGGAAUGGAUGCGCUCCCCUUCUUACCCGUCCAAGUUCGACGAGCUGCCGGCGGAAUGGAACGUUUUCGCCAUUCACCAGUUGGCCGCCGACGAGAAAGGCUACAUGACCGAUAUUUUUGUCUUCAACGCCGCAGAAGGUACCCUGUUGGAAGUCAUCCUGGGCAUUGAUUAUCAUCGCGUAGCGAAGAUUUCCAUGAGAAAAAUGCUUUCCAGGAUGACGCCAGGCAGCCAGGCAACGACCUCAACGACGAUGCCACCGGGCCCAGUCGUUCCGAAACAACCAGACCAAAAGAAGCUUUCAGCUACUCGAGCGACAGCUCAAAAGACCAUCAAGAACACCACAGCCUCUUCAGAUGUUCCGCAAAGGUGCCGGCGGCUGCUUGGUGUCAUGUGCGGCUUGGAAACCAGGGACAUCAAAGACAGCUCGUCGCCCGCCGACAUUGGGAUCGACUCCCUCAUGGGCAUGGAGCUAGCGCGAGAGAUUGAAUCAGAGUUCAAGUGCUCGUUUCCGGCCGAUCUGCUCAUGAACAUCAACAGCUUUCGGGAGAUGGUCGUGGCAAUCGAAAUUGCUACUGGAAUGCCACCCAACGCGACCCAGGAGGACGACUACAGUGACAGCACGGGCAGCUCCGAUGCUUCAGCGUCCCAAGCGGAAGAGUUCCCCGGCACACCAAUGACGGACAAUUCGGAGAGCAGCUGGGACAUUAAACUAUAUCUGGCGGACUUCCUCGGCAUCGACGGCGGGGACAUCUCUUCGGACCAGCUGCUGCGCGACUUGGGCAUCGACUCACUGCUCUCCUCAGAGCUGAGAUCGGACAUCGCGUCUCGAUUUGGCCGGCAAAUUGCGGAAGAUACCCAGAUCGAAGAGCUCACCGUCACUGAACUUGUGUCCAAGGUCGAAGGAAAGCCAGCACCCAAAGUUGCAGCUGUGGAAAGGCCGCAAGCGCUAUCACUGCCCCUGGCCACAUCCCAACCCCAGAGCCAAGCCACCUAUCCAGUUGAUCUCCCGGUCCGAUCCAUGGACCUCCCAAGAGAGGCCGUCCUGGACGCAUUUGGGGAGACGAAGCGCCAGACAGACCGGUUCAUAGCUGAGCACGGCUGUGAGGGAUACCUGAACAAGGUCUACCCAAAGCAAACACGACUCUGCAUCGCUUUGACGGUGGAAGCAUUCGCGCAGCUGGGAUGUGACAUUGCUCACGCCGCGCCGAGCCAGCGCCUCGAGCGAGUCCAAAGCUUGCCAAGCCAGAAGAGGCUGGUCGAUCACCUGUACCGAAUGCUCGAGCACGAUGGUCGCCUGAUUGACGUGGUGGGAGACAAAAUUACGCGAACGUCCGUGACAGCGCCGGCGGAGAGCAGUCAGACCAUCCUCCAAGACCUCAUCUCUCGGUUCCCCGACCAUGUCAUCGCCAACAGGCUUACUUAUUACGCCGGCACGAAGCUUGCAGACGUGAUUACCGGCAAGACGGAUGGCGUCAAGGUCAUCUUCGGCUCGAGUGAAGGCAGGGACCUCGUCGCGGCCUUGUACGGCGAUUCGGCCCUGAACAAGCUUUCGUACAAGAUGAUGGCCGACUUCCUUCACCGCCUGGUCUCGAGCCUUCCCAACGAGUGCCGAGACGGCACAAUCCGGGUUCUCGAGAUGGGUGCAGGCACAGGCGGCACAACCAAAUGGAUGCUACCGCUACUAGCCAGCCUGGAUGUGCCCGUCGAGUACACAUUCACGGACCUGUCCCCAGGCUUCGUAGCGGCCGCAAGGAGCAAAUUUAGGGAAUAUCCUUUUGUGAAGUACCGCGUUCACGACAUCGAGAGGGCCCCGGCGGAUGACCUCAUCGGCACCCAGCAUAUCGUUAUUGCCAGCAACGCCAUCCACGCCACCGUCAGCAUGGAGAAGUCGCUAGAGCAAACUCGCAAGUUCUUACGCCCAGAUGGAUUUACCAUGAUGCUUGAAAUGACCGAGACUCUCUCCUGGGUGGACGUCGUUUUUGGCCUCUUCGAGGGCUGGUGGUUGUUUGAGGAUGGAAGGAACCACGCGAUCGCCAGCGAGGACCGCUGGGAGACGGCCUGCCACGCCGUCGGCUUUGGCCACGUAGAUUGGACCGAGGGCUACCUGGCAGAAUCGAACAUACAGCGGGUCCUUGUCGCCAUGGCGGGUGGCGUGCAGCAGAGCCGGCUGCCCAUCAGCCCGAAGCCCCUCGCCCGAAAUCUGACAACGGACCUGUCCACACGCGCGGCCGACGUCGAAGCCAUGGUCCAAAGGUACUCGGCCGACUUCGCUCUUCCCGUCGCCUUGCCGCCCCGCACCUCCUCGCCCACGGUCGUGCUCGUCACCGGAGCCAGCGGAAGUCUGGGAUGCCAUCUCGUCGCGCACCUGUCACGGCUGCCAUGCGUGUCUGCAGUUGUGUGUCUGAACCGACGAAGCAGUAGCAGUGCUAGCACCAUGGCUCCCAAGCAGAGACAGCUCCAGGCACUCACAAGCAAGCGUAUCUCCCUGGGCGACACCGAGCUUGCGAAACUUCAAGUAGUCGAGGGGGAUACGGCUGAGCCGAGCAUGGGACUGCCUGCAGACGAGUAUGAACGCCUCAUCCGGGCCGUCACGCACAUUGUGCACAGCGCUUGGCCCAUGAGCGCCACGCGGCCCAUCCGAGGCUUUGAAAACCAGUUUAGGGCGCUCCGCAACCUCGUGGACUUUGCAGCCGCGGCCUCGGCGUGUCUGGCCACCGGGCAAAGGAUGAGCUUCCUCUUCGUUUCGUCCAUUGCUGUCGUCGGCCACUACCCCGUAUGGACCGGGGAGCCCCGCGCGCCGGAGGACAGGGCGGACAUAAGGUCGGUGAUGCCCUCGGGCUACAGCGACGCCAAGUUUGCGUGCGAGAGAAUCCUGGACGCGACGCUCCACAGACACUCGCAACGCUUCCGCACAAUGACGGCGCGCAUUGGCCAGAUCGCGGGCUCCACGGCCAGCGGCUACUGGAAUCCGAUCGAGCAUUUCUGCUUUCUUGUUAAGUCGUCCCAAACGCUGUCGGCAUUUCCAGAUCUGCAUGGAGUCUUGCUGUGGUGUCCCGUGGACGUGGUCGCUGGCACAGUGGCCGACCUCGUCCUUGCCGACAACGCGCCGCAUCCCAUCUACCACAUUGAUAAUCCCGUGCCCCAGCCGUGGAAGGAGAUGAUGCCCAUUUUGGCGGAAGCUGCCGGCGUGCCGUCCAAGAAUCUGAUUCCCAUGGCGCAAUGGCUCUCGCGUGUACGACGCUCUCCCUUGUCGGACACUGAUAAUCCCGCUGUGAAACUGGCAGACUUCUUCGAGGACCACUUCCCCCGCAUGUCAUGCGGGGGGCUCAUCCUGGACACGGCCAAAGCCUGUGAGCACUCGCCUGCUCUACGCGCCUUGGGCGCUAUCAGGCCCGAGCUGGCACAGAAUUAUGUGAGGUACUGGCAGGAAAUUGGCUUUCUGCGCACGACAUAA